UUUUGGAUGAGAACGCGCGCAUUUAUCUAGCCGACAUUUGGCUAACUGUUACCCGUUUCCCUCUACCAGAGAAACUGUCAGAAAACAAGUCUGAAACUGAUUUCUUCGUCGAAAUUACUUGGCAAGUUUGGUAGCCUGUAGAGAGCUGUCAUCAUGUUAGACGGUGGUCAGUUCGUGGAAGCGUUGGGUCGCCUAGGUUACCCAGGCACCCCAUCCCUGAAGGGCUCUGAGUUUGACUGGCUCUUCGACUGCGCUCCGGAAAACCUCCAACUCCUGCGCUUCGUCUGCCGCACCCUCAACCAGGGAAACGUGCUCACCCCGGAGGAGGCCCAGGCCUUCAAGGCCCUCCGCAACUCUGGCAAGCCCAUCCUCGAUGCGACCGCGCUGGAUGAGGUCCUCAAGACCUUGGGACCUGCUGCUGGAGUAGGUGUGGUCGGUCCAUCCUCAGCGGAGGGGGAGGUGAGCGUGGAGGACCUAGAGUCGGAGCUAUCUGCUCUGAAAAAGGAGAAGCAGCUGAAACAGCGCAGGUACAAGAAGCUGCAGGUGCUCGCCACCGCCCGGGCCGACGUUGCGCUCCGAUUGGCCUCCCAACAGGAUGCCGCCGCCAGCAGGCUGAAGGACGCCAACGCGGCGCUGGGGGCGGAGAACGCUGGAACCAACGCCGCGCUACAGAACCUCACAGAUGAGGUGAAAAAGCUAGGAUCAUUCCUCAAAAUAGAUCCAGUGUCCAACGAAGGAAAGGCCCAGGGAGAGGCUGCUGCCUCUGGUUCUGUGACCACCACCACCCCUCCAGGGCCCCCUGUCCUGCUCUCCCAGCUGUCCCUGGAGCCCUACCUCCACCAGGAGGAGCUUAACACAAAGGCAUUGGCCGCCCUCACCCAGCGCCAGUUCUUCCAGGGCAUCAGCAACAUGGUGGAGACCUCCUGCUCCGAACGCUUCCAGCUCCUGGACCUCAGCCUCUGCGAUGACGGGGAUGAAAUAAAGGAGAAGGGUGGAAAAGAGGUGGAGGAGAGAGUGGUAGAGCAGAGGAGGAAGGAGAUGGCCAGGCUCCAGUGGGGUCAUAUGGUGGCCCAGCACCAGCUGAUCAAGGCCAGGGCAGAAGAGCAAGGAGCCAGGGUUGGGCUGGAGUGGAUCACGGGGAACCUGCAGUCAUUCACCAAGGGCACCACCAACUCCACCUCUGCUCUCCAGGCGCGUGAAGCUGUGUCUAGGCGUGAGCUGCAGGGCGUGGCGGCUGAUCUGGAGUCUCUCCUCCAGGGGUCUGUACCGGCUGCUCUGAGGGAGAGCGCCAGGCUACUCAACGUGCCCGUGGUGAGGGGAGACCUGGACCUGCAGCUGGCCAGGCAGGACUACUACACCUCCAGACAGGAGCAGGUCCGAGACCACCUCCUGCGGCAAAAGGCCUCAUUCGAGCUGCUCCACCUGGCCCAGGAGAUGGAGCUGAGGAUGGGUAGGCAGGUGCUAAAGCAGCUUGGGGAGGUGGCAGGCUGGCUGGGGAAGGGAGGAGAGGAGGCAGCCCUCAGGAUCCAGGCCCUAGCCCAUCCUGAGCUGUCCCAUAAUCCCAGACCCAGUCCUCAGUCCAUCAUCAGCUCCAAGGAUGCAUCUUUCACCAGGCUUCUCCGGAUCCUAGAGUCAGGCCACGCCUCAGAACGUGGUGGCCGCGAGGAGCCCUUCCGUACCUACGAGGGGUUGGAAAGUGCCGCCCGCAACCUCCAGGGGGAGCUCCAAUCCUGCCGCGAGGCCCUGGCCGGGGCCGCCCGCCAACAGCACUACACGGGCGCCCGUCUCCACGGCGACUGCGAGGCGUUGCGCCGGGCAACCUUCUCGGGGUUGCAGCAGCUGUUCUUGGCGCCGCAGGUAUGUCCUACGGCGACGUCACAUGACCAGGAUCUCUGCACCAACGCACAGGAGUUGACAGUGAAGCUGGGAGAACUGGAGGUCCAGCAGAACAGUCUGUACAGGUUGAUGCAGGACGUGAUGGAGGAGGUCCGGGGUAAACGCUCCCAGCUGGACCAUAGCCCUCUCCUCAGGCGAGAGAGGGAACUGUACGUCUACUUCCACCUGGACCCCAGGCUGCUGAACAAAGUAGUGGAGGAGCUGGAGAGCAAAGCGGCUGCUUCCAAGAAGGGCCGGUUGUAACGGGGCUCUCUUACCACCUCCUAUCUCACCUCUCUUCCCCUCUCCACGACCCCUUUCUCUGGGUGUGAGUGCAAAACACAGCUCAUACAGAACAAUGGAGAAUCCUGCAGAAAGUAGUGGAGGUACUACAAGGUGAAGUGGCCACUGAGAAAGGUUGCUGCUCUGCCUAAUGAACCCUGGCUUACCCAUUGCCUCUUCCCUCUCGCCACCCCGGGUGCCAGUUAAAUGCCAAGCACCUUGGAUUUGGAAAUACAAUAUGGAGAGAGGGUUCUGACAAAAGACAAUUGGAUGAGGAUGACUAUUGGAUCUCUUCUCUGUUUUCUUGUGGCAAUGUUUCAAUUCAGAUGUAAUGUCACUUGUUUUACUGCUAGUGUUCUUUGUCGAUGUUCCUGUAAGCGCCUUUGUGUAUUUGUUUGUUUCAUAAGAAAUUAUAAUAAAUAUUAAUGUCUUCACAACUAAUAGAAAAA